GGGGGAGUUCUCCUGUAACUUCUUUCAAGUUCUUAUCCCUCAGCCCCUGAGGGACGUAGCAUUCUGGGAGAAUGUCACUGCAGAGUCAGUGUGUAGCAGUUUGUACUUACAACAGGAGCAGCUAUAGAAGUACAUUAAAAGAGCCUUUGCUGAAGAUGAAGGUUUGCUGAACAGAUGGAACAGGAGAAUGUUCUUUGUAUUCCUCACAAAAUUAUGGGCAGACUCUUUGCUGACGGAGCAAUGCUGGGGUAAAAACAGCACUAGUAGAGACUCAUUCUGAGAUGGGGAGCACUGAAAUUCUGGAAAAGGAGACCUCAGAAAGUCUCAGUAAUGGUACCAGCAGCAACGUAGAAGCAGCCAAAAGGUUGGCCAAACGCCUUUAUCAACUAGACAGAUUCAAAAGAUCGGAUGUCGCAAAGCACCUAGGCAAGAACAAUGAAUUUAGCAAACUAGUUGCAGAAGAAUAUCUGAAGUUUUUUGAUUUUACAGGAAUGACACUGGAUCAGUCUCUCAGGUAUUUCUUUAAAGCAUUUUCUCUUGUGGGAGAAACUCAAGAACGAGAGAGAGUUUUAAUACAUUUCUCCAAUAGAUAUUUUUACUGUAACCCAGACACUAUUGCUUCACAAGAUGGAGUCCAUUGCCUCACCUGUGCAAUGAUGCUUCUUAACACAGAUCUCCAUGGCCAUAAUAUUGGAAAGAAGAUGACCUGCCAAGAGUUCAUUGCAAACCUCCAAGGAGUAAAUGAAGGUGGUGAUUUCUCCAAGGAUCUACUGAAAGCUCUGUACAACUCAAUUAAGAAUGAGAAGCUUGAAUGGGCAGUAGAUGAUGAAGAGAAAAAAAAAUCUCCAUCUGAAGGUACUGAUGAGAAGGCUAAUGGAACACAUCCAAAGACCAUCAGUCGUAUUGGGAGUACUACUAACCCAUUCUUAGACAUUCCUCAUGACCCAAAUGCUGCUGUAUACAAGAGUGGAUUCUUGGCUCGGAAAAUCCAUGCAGAUAUGGAUGGAAAGAAGACCCCGAGAGGGAAGCGAGGAUGGAAAACUUUUUAUGCUGUACUAAAAGGAACAGUCCUUUACUUGCAAAAGGAUGAAUACAAACCAGAAAAGGCCCUGUCUGAAGAGGAUUUGAAAAACGCCGUGAGUGUGCAUCAUGCACUGGCAUCCAAGGCCAUAGACUACGAGAAGAAGCCGAAUGUACUUAAACUUAAAACAGCCGACUGGAGGGUCUUGCUUUUUCAAGCUCAGAGUCCAGAGGAAAUGCAAGGAUGGAUAAACAAAAUUAAUUGUGUUGCAGCUGUAUUUUCUGCACCACCAUUUCCAGCAGCCAUUGGAUCUCAGAAGAAAUUUAGUCGUCCACUUCUGCCUGCCACUACGACAAAAUUGUCUCAGGAAGAACAGCUGAAAUCUCAUGAAAGCAAACUGAAGCAGAUUACCACUGAGCUGGCUGAACACCGCUCAUAUCCCCCAGACAAGAAAGUUAAAGCCAAGGAGAUAGAUGAAUACAGACUGAAAGAUCACUAUCUGGAAUUUGAGAAAACCCGUUAUGAAAUUUAUGUCAGCAUUCUAAAAGAAGGAGGCAAGGAGCUCCUGAGUAACAAUGAAAUUGAGGCUGCAGGACUAAAGAAGUCACAUUCAAGUCCUUCACUGAACCCGGAUUCAUCUCCAGUCACAGCCAAGGUCAAGCGUAACGUGUCAGAGAGGAAAGAUCACCGACCUGAAACACCAAGCAUUAAGCAAAAAGUUACUUAGAAUCCAUCUGUGACCAGGAGGUACUGGUCAUGGAGCAAAAUAGAGUUUUUCAAGAUCUUUCUGGUAAACCCGUGAAUAUAUUUUUAAAAAGUCUGUGACUAAGUGGUGCAUUAGUAACCUUUUCUAUUGUAUAGUUUUGUUAGUUUCUGUACUGUGUCUCUUUGCUCUUGAUUACUUUGCUUUGAUGAUUUUUGCUACUUGAUGACUAAUGCACCUUUUUUGUGUGAGGGGAAAGGGAUCGUGAUUUCAGAAUGAAUUAUGUGUCACUUUCUUUUUUUCUUGUUUGCACUCUGCUCUGUUGUUUUAUGUAUUUUCAAAUCAACUAUUACACUUUUUUAAGGUUAAAAAAUUUAAAUCAUUGUGAAACAUUUAACUGGACAAACUUGGUAGUUGAGUAAAUUCUAGCCAGAGUUAAUAUAAGCCUUUAUAUGUGAAAUAUUGCUUAGUCACAGAGGUGGAAUUGAGCACUGGAAGAAAUUCAAUUAAGAAUUACAGUUCUGGGAAGCAAAAUGCUCCACUGUGAUGCAGGUAUGCAUACAUCUUUGCACUUACUGUUGAGUUCUGACCCUGCUGGAAGCAGGGAAAGGGAGUGUGAAGAUGGGAGGCCUGGAGAACUAAAGAAGUGAAUUAGCUUCCUUGAAGUGUUGAUUUCAUUUCAGCCAAAGAAGGAAAGAGGAAGUGGAAUCUUUUUGCCAUUGAAUGUUGUGGAAAAAUAACACCAAGUUCAUUUUGUUUCUUAAAGGGUAGUGGCAGUUAUUGACUCCUGGGGAGCUGCAGCAGUAGGCAUGUGGAUGGUGUGCAUGCAAUUGUUACCUCACUCCCUCAGGGUCUAGGCUAGGAAUCCAGAAUCAUCUCUGUCCAUCAGUACCCUGCCAUUCAGGAAUUAGGUUCUUAUAUAUAUAAGCAUGGUAUUAUCUCCUGGUUGUAAAAAUAUUGGGAUCUUCCUAACAAAAUAAUGUUGCAAAUGGAACCCCUUUUGUUUUUUUUUAACCAAAGUAAGAGUAAACAGUAACUGCAGUCGUUCAGCAAUGAGAUGAAUAUUGAUUCUUUCAAAUAAAUCUGAAAGUAAUAAUGUCUAAAUGAAUUGUGGCUGGAAAACUGAGGAAUCUACUGGUUGUAUAUGCAGAGUUAGAUUAUUCUUAUCUAGGUUUCUUUGAUAGCCAGUUCACUCUGCUGCUACUGAACUUUCUCCUAAAAAUAAGUACCUAAUUUUAAAUCAGUAUUUUCUAUCUACUCAGAAUAGUUACAGUCAGGAAUUUGUUCCAGUGCUGGUCCCUUUGAAAUUUAGGGUGACAACACAUUCUCUUGUACAGGAAGAAAAAGUGAAAACUGAACCCUCUCUGAGUUAGGACUUUCUGAUUUUUAAACCUUGAAAGUUUGUGAUCCUUAAAACUAUAAUCUCCACGACUUUAGAACUAAUGGAAUCAUUCUGAAUACUCUUUCACCUCCCACACAUAUUUGCUCUAGUUCUAAUCAGUUUAUUAGUUAAAGGUACUAUGACCAAAGAAUCAGGGACUCUGCAAGAAUAGCAUGGUUCCAGUGAUUUAGAGAAAAUCUGCUAUUAAACCAUGGUGGUUUCUAGUAGUAUAUUGUUCUGAUGUACCAGCAUUUAAUUAUAAUAUUAUUUAUUAACAUUUACUUUACCUAUAUAAAUGUCCAUAUUUGCUAGUGCCCAAAAAAGAGAAACCCUGCUUGAAGGUUGUAGUUGCUUGCUUUUGUGAGAAGUAUUUUACCACACCUUUGAAAAACUCAUUCUAACCCACUGUCUUGUUUAUGUAAAGGCAGUGAUUAAAUUUUUGUGUCAAAACUGAAAAACAAGGUAAUUACCAAUACGGCCCUGUUGCACCUGAUUCAUUUUUGCAGCUUCUGACCAAAUCCAAGAUUUGCACAAAGGAAUCUUCUUUUAUCCUUGAAUCCAAAUAAUUAGCUUUGUUUGUUUUCUACAUAAUAUAUUUAUACCAAGCAAGAGAAAAAUACCUAGCCAUGUCAUCUCUGAACUUCAGUAACUAAAGAAAAAUAAACAUCCCUGACUGGCUUGAAUGUGUUUGUCAACAGUGUGACUGUGUCUGUGUAUAUAGAAUGUCUCUAUGUAUUUUACUUACAGUAUGUAAUAGACAUGAAAUGGUACCAUGCUAUAGUAUUUCUGACAUUUAGAGUAGUUGUAAAAUGCUCAGUUAGAAUCAGCAGCAUUAUAGCAUUAUUCCUAUUAUACAACUCACUAAUGUUAGCUACAGGAAUUUCUGGAUAUGCUAAUAGAUAAAUGGAUGAUAAGGACACUUUGAAGCUGCAGUAUAUUGUGUUUGCACAGUUUCUUUUUUAAAAACAUCUGCAAAAGAUUUUUCUGUGAGCCAGGAUCCCAGAUUGCCCUGGCAUGAAGUUGCCCAUCUGCCUGGGAUAGGUUGAGAAUACCUCUGUUCUUUCUGUUAUCAGUGCACCUCGCAGGCCAAGAGUUUGCCCAGUAAUAGGAGGAAAUGGCCCCUGACUCAACUAGAUUCUAAGAGUCUUGCCCAUAGCCAACCACAUUUUUCUUUGUGAUCAUUUCUUUCCUGUAGUAUCAAGUCAGAAGAAAUUGAAGACAUUUCUUUUCACAGCUAUUCCAAGCUUGCUUCCUAGUUCACAGUACAGGGGACCUCUCCUCCUCCUUACCAUCUAAAGGUACUCCCCCUCCUCCCAUCCCCAUUCAUCACCCAUACCUUAGCACCAGGAGCCUUGGGAUUUCUCUCCAUGUGAUAAAUGAUUACUCUCCUUCACAUAAACAUACUUAAUAUUAUUUUUUAUAUAGAAAAGUCUUGAUAGUCAUCAAAACACCUUGGUGAUAGUCUUUUUUUUUUUUUUUUUUUUUAACUUUCACAGGAGGUCUCAGAAAUCCCUUGUUAGCAAUCAAAACUUAAUUACUAGCAUGCAGAGUCCUCAUUUUAUUGCCAGGCCAUACCCAUUGUUUGAAGUGUGCUUUUUAGAAACAUUUUGGUAACUCUUAGCAAUGCCUAGUUAAACCAAGCAAUACUUCCAUGUAUUUUAAUUAAUCUCAAGUAAAACCAACAUGUUAGAGAGUCCUCUGGUAGAACUGUAGUUCCUAUUGCUCUUUGGUAAGGAAGGUAGAAAGCAACUGUGCAAGACCCUCUAUACUUCUCUGUUAUCCUAAUUCAGAAGAUGAGGACUUCUGUCCUCAGUCAGAAGUGAUAUGAGAGAAUUCAUUCUGGAAAAGGAAAAUUGGCUGGCUUUCCAAGGCCAAGCUAGAGGUGGUCUCUUGAGUUUGUAUUUCACCCUGUGGCCAAACCACAGAACAUCUGAGGCUGGAGAAGAAUUUAUAUAACCAGCAGUGAAGGAGGCCCUUUGCUGCCUAAGCACAAAGUUAUGGAGUUUUUUGCUGGCCCUUGCCUCUUACUCCCUCUGAUAUAAAGAGCUUGAGAAGCUUUUCUUAGGUAAGGCAGGGACUGAUUUCUCUAUGAAUUGUACUUCUUCUCUGCCUUUACCCCUAAUCAUAGAUCAUGGAAAGAAAAUUGACCUUUAAGAAGCUUCUCUAUAUUCUUACUAGCAAGACUUUCUUGGAUAUAGUUAAUUUUCAUUGCAAUUUUAAUUCCUUUGGCAUUUUUUCUUGUAGUCAUCAGUAAAGCCUUUUUUUCUUUUUUAGAUUUUAUUUCUAAGUAAUCUCUACAACCAACAUGGGGCUCAAACUUAACGAUCCAGAGAUCAAGAGUUGCAUGCUCCACCAACUAAACCAGCCAGUUGCCUCCAAGUUAAGGUUUUUUAAAGCCAGAUAUCACAGGGAGUUUCUUAUUCUUGUAGGUCCAAAUUUCUUUACUUUAGCUCCUAGGGACUUAAUUAAGUUUACAGAACGUUGGUAGCCACCUUCCUUAAUUUCAGCAGUGAAUAAUCUCUUUACUUUUCAAAUGACAAUUUUUUCCAGUUGUAAAAUUAACGCUAUUAAACAAAGAACCAAAGUGGUAUCCUAAGACUUGUUAAAAGUACAGUUUAGUUAGUGAAUAAUAGUGUGACUUUGGGUUAAAAUAGCAUCUGCUUUUCUCAGCAUCUAAGUUACUAUGACAAGAAAAAAAGAUCAGUCGCUUUGUAGGCAGAUGAGCUUCUGGGUAUACCUUGCUCCAAAGCUUUCUGGCUGUCUCUUCUCCCAGGCCAGGUCAGGCCACUAGUCUGCCUCAGGUCAAGGCAUAUCUCCAUCAGCCUUUGGACAUUUAAUACUAUCAAGUGACUUAGAGGACGUUAAACACCAAUAGUUCACCACAAAAUAAUCCCGGCAAUUGAUAGGGAGGUGCUUUGUCAUUGCUUUUCCUUUCAGAUUCCUUUUCAAUGUCUCACUUUUAAAAGGGGAACUAAAGUCCAAAGUCAUUGCCAUUCUCCUUUUGUAUCUAUAGUAUUCAAAACCCAACAGGGUAGCAUUCUGCUUAGAACUUAAUGCCCAUUGCAUGCAAAGAGAAUAUCUUCAUAGAGAGGAUGUCAGUAAAUACUUGAAUCUGCAUGACAGUUUGUUGACUUGAAUGCAACAGCAAGAAAAUAUUGCAAGUUAGGUAAUUGUAUAUACAGUUUCCUUAAAUGUCCUUGGCUCAUUCUUUGUAAUUUAUGUGUGUAUCUGUAGUAUUGCAGGCUUUUGGAGAAUAUUCAUAUAGAUAGUUUGUCAGACAUCAAAAAAAUGCUUUCUGUCAUUUGCCAAUGUUGUAUUGUGGGUAUUUAUAGUUGUAUGUAUGUAUAUGUAUAUGUAUCAAUGUGUAGACUGUAUAUCAGUGUAUGGUGUAUGUAUAUCAAAUUUAUUUUUAAUAUCCAGUGUGAUACUAAAAGCAAGUAAAAACCUCAUAGGAUUGAUUAUAUAAUGCAGUUAUUGAAAGUAUAUAUAGUGGUACUGUUUUAUUAAACUUAAAAUGAUAUUUUGAUUAGAUUUUUAAUAAGAUUUUAUGUUAGAAAACUCCAUCUUUGAUCUUUGAACCACCAGGGCGAAAAUGACCCUGAACUAACUUUGUGAAACUAUUUCAGUGUACUGUGUACAAUACUAAGGAAGUAGCUCAUGAUAACUUGAGAUCUACAGAAAGAAAAAAAAUAGGCAUCCUAUGCAGUCUUAACAACUUCGGUAUUCUGAGCACUUAACUGUAAAAUCAAACUGACAAUUUUGGGCUUAUUACAAAAUGUGAUGCUUUAAAGCACACCUUCUUUAUUGUUGUAAUUAGUCCAGAGAAAUAGAGCUUUCAGAAGAAUUAAAUAAGUGCCCACAGUA